AAUUCUCGCAUCCUCUACGCUCAGCGCCCAAGCUUUUCACGUCCUAUUUGAAACUGAUAGGAAACCCUCUCAUUGUUUCACAACAUGGAUAUUAGCGCCGAUGAAGGAAGCGCUCCAUCAGAUAAUCAGCCGGCAGCGAGCUGGCUUCCAGCACCAGCUAGCUACCCGGACUCACUUCUCCACUUCCCUCUUCCCAGGACCCCAGACUCAACACACGCCUGUUCAAGACAGAGUUCCUCGAGUCAGGUUCAGGCUGUUAGUUUGGUGGCACCUUUACCUGCUGAGCCGUCUUGCAGAUCUGUGAGAGGAGGCAUUUUUAAAAUCCAGAAACACCGUGUUCAGUGCAGUGUACCUAUUCUGAAACAAAACAUCAGCACUGUGGAAGGGACCCCACCCCACACCAGAUUCAACACGGGCAACACUGUCUUACUGUCAUUACAUGGAGCUCAUGAUGCCAACCAAUGUUGUGUGGCGGGGAGCAGCAAGUCUGGGGAGAGACUGGCUCCAUCACCUCCAGUUGCCCGAUCACAACUUCUAAGGGCCAGGAUCUUCAACUCCAAAAUAGCUGCUUCUACGCUUGCCUCCCCUCUUCCCUUCCUGUUCUCCUCUGGCUUUUCCUGGACCACUGCCAGUGAGGGCACGAGGGCAGCUUCCUGGUGCCCGACUUGGGACUGUUACGGUGAGAGCUUCCUUCCUGAACAUCACAUCUGCUGGUCCUCCUCCUCUGUGGCCCUGAGAAGCCAGGCAACAGCUGGGUGCCCAGGAGGGGCCCAUCCUCAAGUGACCAGGCACAAGACCCCAAGACUCCGUCAACAUGAGGCUGGGUCAUGGGAACCAGGGCUGUCUUCUGGGCUGGACAGCCGCUACAGGGCCACAGUGACCUUCAACACUAAUCACCCUUGGUCUCAUCCCAGGUGGAGUUCAAACAUGUGCAGAACCUUCCUGCGUUAUCCUUCCAAGUUCUGGGGUCACAACAGAUGUCAAGUCUCCUGGCCCACCUCAAGGGGAAUGCACGGCCGCUGUCUUUUCCUGGAGCACUUCUACUGAGAGUCCAGGAGGCGUGGUAGCGCCCCCGUAGCUGUCGCUGUGGAGAGACACUGUCAGGGACAGUGAUGAGGAUGCAUACGCUGCCUGUGGGAGGUUCUGUAGGCAGUCAGGGUGAGCUCGAGGACUCCUGAGGUAUUGUUGGCAAUCCUGUGGUACUGUGGCUCUCAGGUCUCAGUGACAAGCCUUGAUGGACCACCAUUAUUUCUUCUCUUUCUAACUCCUCCUGACUCCCCCCACCCCUCUGGGAGCCUAACCACCCUUAGCCUACACUGAACAAUAAGAUUUGACUGACCAGGUCCCCAUUUGGCUCUGGAGGUCAUUGCAGUCAUAGUUAGCCCAUGCCCUGCCUUGUCCUGCUCACAGCCACACGUUUAGAGACAACGUUAGCCAAAGAUAUCCCUGUUCCUGGUGACCUCUAGGCUGAGGAGACAUGAGGGCUGGGGCUGCUGCAGCCAUCUUGUCCCAGGAGGAAAGUGAAGCCAUAGAAGUGAGCCAAGAGGGGGAACUGAGCUGAGCGGAAGGAAUGGUAUUUAGGUGUCUCUUGACCUGAGCAAAAUGUGUCCAGAUUUCCGCUGCCCAUCAGUCUAUAGAGCUGAGCUAGUCAGGCCAGGCUCUGUUGCCUGAUUCGGAGAGCUAUUGACCUGGAAUGUGUUGUGGGGUGGGGGCUCUGAAAUUUCUUCCUUGGCCCCUGCCUUCUCUUCCCUCAAUGGCGGGACACCAUACUUGCUUGAUUCUGCUCUCCCCUUGGGACUUGUCUUCUGUACUCUGUGACUCCUGAUGGCAUGUGUGUUGGUCCAGCCUCACAGGGAACAGAACACAGGUCACCCGAGUUUGAGCACGUCACCCGACAUUGGCCACGUUAAUGGCAAGGGCCUCAUUAGUGAUCCCGGACAGUUGCCAUGUUGACGAAGCACGGGCUUGGUUAUCUGGAAGCUCCCGUAGCCCCCAUCCCUUCUCCACCCUGACCUCUCCUCCAACUUUGUCCAGGGUUCUGCUCAUCAGUCUCACGAAGAACCUGCAGCCACGAUGACCAGAGAUGAACCAAGUUUUGGCCUGAAAAUCCAUUUCCCUCAAGCUGGACUUACCCCUCCCCAAAGAAGUCUUCCUUGACCACCAGCCCCUUUUAUUCCGGUCCUCCUAUCUCUCCACCCCUGCCCACAGACAUCAGCUAGGGAAUUUCUUUGCCUGGAGGCCAGUCCAGCAGGCCACUGAGCUGUGUCUCUCCUGUCGUGUGCCGUGCUUCUCCUGGAACUCAGGGCAGAAGUGAGCAAACCCAGCAAACAUGUGGGUCUGCUGUGCACCCGGGAGGGAAGACGUGGUGGCUCCAGGCCUGCACCGUGGAUUAUGAGGAGACUCAGAACAGGGUAGCUCAACCUUAGCUGGUUCAGAAUGACAGCACCUUCCUGCUUUCCUCAGGAGCAGUGGGGACAGACCUGGCCUCCACCUGCUGGCCACACUCAGGGCUGAGCUCUCGGAAACAUGGAUCUCUCAGUCUGUGACUGGAAAUUUUCUUUUGGAGAUGUCAGAGCGCCGGCUCACUGCCGCCAGAAGGGGGUGACUGUGCCGUAUGCGUGUCCAGCUCUUCUGUUCUCCCUAAGGCCCUGUCACCCUUGGGCCCACUUCUAAAUGUCUUGCCUGUGGAGCACUCAGGUCAUAGGUGACAGAGACCCAAGCACUCCCCAAAGCUUGCUUCAGGUGUGGGUGAAUCCAGGGGCUUAGCUGGGGUCACCAAACCAGUCUGUUCUGGCUGCUUGCAUCUGUCCUUCUAUGGAGUCCACCCUUAUAAAGACUUCCCAAAAGUGACAAAUUUGUCCUGAACUCUGUCAGAUAUUUCUAAGGACAUUGUCUGUCGAAGCCCUGACAUCUGGCCCCAUAAGACAAGCUGGGAUGGCAUUUGUGCCCGAGUGGCUGAUGCUGGGGUCUGAACCCUUAUAUGAGGCCUGGAGGGUCCAGGGCAUGAAUAAUGAAAGCAUGGACAGACGAAGGGAGACGACCAAACUUGUGAAUCACUCAGUGUCAUCUGUGAGAAGCAGGAAGAGGUGACAGUCCCUCCGAAGGCUCACCAUGACUGGAGCUAGCCUGGGAGGGAUCUGGAGGGGACUUGAGGCCAGAGGCUUUAAGUAGGCCAGCUCUUUGUUACUGUAACAAAACCCUAAGAACCAGCAACUUAGGGAAGAAAGGUACAGCUAGGCUCUGUGCCAAGGGUCAGCUUUUCCUCUGAAAGCUGGGAGGCAGGCGCUGGGUGGAGCUGUGCGUCUUCCUAUUACCCUCUUAUGAGAUCACUCCAGUGGACAUGUGUGUAACACAAUUGACAAAAACCGAGAGACAGAUAUUGGGGUUCAACCUGAAGGUCAGAAAAGCAAAGCAGCCAGCCACUGGCUCUUACGUCUACCUCAGUCCAAAAUGGUA